UUGCCAAAAUAGGUAAAUAGCUAACCGGAUGUACCGUUUGCAUUUGAUAAUAUUUAGUAGUGAUUUCAAUAUCAAGGACAGAAGGAUAUAAGAUUUUUAUUUAUUUUAGUAAUUUAUUUAAAAAAAGAAUGAAGUAUAGCUAUAUUUCCACAUGGAUUAUUCUGCUAUAUCUAGAUCGGAGUUAUUCACAGUUGAAUCCUUGUUCUGGACAGAUCGUUGGCGAGAGUAACCCCCAAGGCGGAUCGCUGGGUCUUACUAAUAGAUAUUUCCUCGUAUGUGAUGCGAGUUAUGCGUUCGAUUGUUGUGGUUUGAUAAACAGGUGGCUUUAUAAAGCGGAAGUUGCAGCAGCGGUUGAGUUACAGGUAUGGCGACCUACUACGACCGGAAACUAUCGACUUAUCGGCUCGACUGCACAUACUGCCACAUCAGCAAAUGAAGAUGUGGAUUUUACUGUUACAACUCAAUACCUUGUGAAGCCAGAUGAUUGCAUAGGGUGGUAUGCUGCUGGGCCUGAAGUAGUUGGCAAUAGAAAUACUGGAACUAUAGUUCCUGGCAAGCAUCAAGCUGCAGGCUCCGUCAAUACUGCUACGGAUGUAGACUGGUCUGGUGCGUCUACUGCAUCCAGGGAAUGGGGAAUAGGGGCACACGUUGUAAGAUCCACGAAUCCAACAUUCUCCGGGCCAGCUGUCGGAACUAUAUUAAAUACGGCCGCAGUAAAUGAUCCCGUUGAAACAGUAACAUUUAUUGACGUCGAUAAUGCGGACGAGCUUGUAUUGACGAUGACAGACACGUAUUUUUAUCUAUCUGACAACGGCGAUGGAACGGCAUCAAUUUUUGUGAAGACUUCGCUGACUGGUCAGGAUGGGACUAGAACUUUGAGUAUUACCGCUACAGAUCUCUGUGAGCAAACUGUGACGGGUACCGUUGUGAUUACUAUUACAAAUAUACCGCCACAACUCAGCGGUCUUUCAAGUUCUACCUCUAUACCCGAAUGCAUCACUUCGGAAGUUAUCCUUUCAACAUUCACAUGUAGCGACACUUCUGGAAUUGCUGACGUGUCAAUAUCAGUUUCUCCUGCAAACAACUCAUCAUUUUUCUUCACAAACCUUACUGGCGCAGCUACCGAUGAAUAUGGGCUAUAUGCACGGUCGCAGGUCAGUGCCUCGCUGGGACAAUUCAAUUAUUUUAGUCAACGAGAUUAUACAAUAACAGUUGUCUGUGAUGAUAGACUGGACAGUGUCAGUGAGAAUAUAACAGUUAAUCUCAUACCGAACGCGCCUCCAGUAAUCAAUAAUCUACCAGGGACAGGGACAUUACUCACUGUAAAUACGUCUACCACGCCUGGCACCAUAGUUUUUACAGUUGAUUAUACCGAUUCCGAGGACAAUACGGUCAACGUUACCUUUACCGCAGAUCCUUCAGAUUGUCCAUUUGCAGUAUUAAACUCGGGCGAUGUGAUUGUACUUGAUACAAUAACUACGUUCAGCUCCUCUGCAUGUAACAUCCUUGUUGGCGUGGCCGACAAAAGAAACUCCGGCAUUAGCAGGACCCUGAGUAUCAUUUUGAACGUGGUUACAGAGGCAACCACAUCAUCUGCUUCCGACAGAUACAAAACAUUUUUUGAUGACACACGGAAUAUUAUUUGGUUCGUGCUACUAAUGGUACUUCUCGCAAUUACGGCUGUUGUGACACUGUUUGUCUGUUGUAACUACGUUUGUAUGCCAUCCUGCUGCAAAUGCCCAUGUGUAGGCGGAAAGAGAAGGUUUGGCUCGAAACCGCGUCAUAUUCAAAGGGAUUACACAACACCUCCAACGAAGCCUAAGAGACCAAAUGAUUCACAAAUGAUGUCCGUUCGCCCGCCUCCUCCAAAAGUACAUGUCUGGGAAAAAGAUGUGGACAGAUAUUAAAUUUCUAACGAGAGCGAGUGAAACUGUAACCCUUUCUAUACAUUUAUUUGCUAUAAGAAUUAAUUGCAUCCAGUUUGUUUUAUGUUUGCAUGUUUGAGUGUUAUUCAUACACACUGCAAUGAAAGUAAUUUAAUUUAUUUAGAGGUAACUGUAACAUUACAAUAAGUAUGAGCAUCGGUGAAUUGACAUUAUCAACAUAAAUUCCUUAAAAUUACAUUAUAUGUGACAGAUUUGUUUUACGGUUAUUUAUCAACAUCCACUAUAUAGAUGUAUAAUUAUUUCUGUUAAGUGUGUAGGCCGAAGAAUUUUGUUACAUGUAUCGUUCAUGGCACAUCUAUUCCGAUUACAAUUUCAGAAAUUCCGAUUCAUUUUUAGUAUUUUCAAUUUCAUUUUCACUAAUUUCGAUUAUAGUUUCAGUAAUCAUUCAUAUCAUUCAUAUAACAAUUGUUUUUGAUCAUGUUUAUUUCAUGUGCAAAACAUAUUCAGAGUAGCAUGAAUGAAUAGCUAUCUGAGGUGAGAACUUUCUUAAAAAUUUGAGAAGCAUUUAAGAAACCAAGUUUAUUUUGUUGUUUCAGCACAAUACACAAUGCAUUUUAUGAAGAAAUAUAUUUUCCGACACUUUCUUAUAUAUGCAGAGAAUAAAAAGAAGAUAAUGAUUUUAUUGCAUGCAGUUUUGUAUCAGUAAAUGAUUUUUUUUUCAAUAUUUUUUCCAGUAACUUUUGAAAAUCUAUAGCAUUAAAAAACUAAAAAUAUAACAAGUUAGAUCUGAUUCAAACUAUUAAGAAACAACAGAAACAAAAAAUGGUUUGUAAGGAAAACCUUUUAUUAAAUUAAAUAUAUUAAAAAUGUUAUUCCUGAGGCAAAGAUCAGCAAUUAAAAGAACAUGAGAAGAACUAACACUAUUGAGUAGCUAAUAGAAAAGUUGGAAACUAUACCCUCAACGGUAAUGAUAAUUGUGAACAAAUACAUUAUCAAAUGUUGAUAAAGCUACAAGCCUUAAUGAUUGUUUCGUACCACGAACAUUGACGUUAGUAAUAAUAAACUUACAGAAUAUGAAAAGAAGAUUCAAUAACCAAUACCAUUAUUACAGAAAAAUAAUAUGAGCCGCACCAUGAGAAUACCAACGUAGUGCAUUUGCGACCAGCUGGAUCCAGACCAGCCCGCGCAUCCGCGCAGUCUGGUUAGGAUCCAUGCUGUUCGCUAACGGUUUCUCUAAUUGCAAAAGGCUUUGAAAGCGAACAGCGUGGAUCCUGACCAGACUGCGCGGAUGCAUGCUGGUCGCAAAUGCACUAUAUUGGUUUUCUCAUGGUGCGGCUCAAAUUAUUGAUACAGUAUCUUGACGUCUAUAAAGGAAUUAUAGUUUAGAUUUAUUUAGUCAUAAAGUAAUUACCCUGUCGUGGAUCCUUAUUUGGUCGAAACCAGUAGACAAUAAAUUUAGUUAAACUUACUCAGGCGUUUGACGCAGAGUUCCUCUAUUCCUCCAUUCAAGUGCAGUAAUAAAGUUUUGAACACCAAAUAUUCUGUAUCUUAACAUUUAUGCUCAGUCUUAAAUAGAUACUUAUAUGAAAAGCAAAGACAAAUAUCAAACAGGGAAUGCCACGUACCAAAAUCGCGGCCUCCCCAAAACGAAAUCUACAGCACGCAGACGUGCACACCACAAACACACACACACAUAUACACGCGCGCACACACAAAGCCAACACACGAGGACAAAACGAACAAACAAAGGAACACAGUGGGGCACCGCCUUGGAACGGUCAGUGGCAAAAACACCACUGGGGAGCUUAAAGUUUAAUUUCUAUCAAAAUCUCAUUGCUAAUGAACAGGAAACUAUUCUUCAAAUAAAAAAAAGAUAAAACAACAACAACAACAACAACAACAAUAAAAGAAACAAUGGAAAAGAAACCUCUCGCGCAAUGCUGAAUAUAGACGAACCAUUUCUGGUUUCUUUAAACUCAAAGUCUAAUCAACAAAUCACGAUCGUAUUCUAAUUCGUAAAAUUUCGAUAACAUUGUGUAUUGACUGUCAGUAAUAAUUGUCUAACUGAGAUAUUAACAACAGUAAGCUUCUUUGAGUGAAUGCAUUAAAUAAAAUACUUACUUCAUGUAAAACCUGACAAAGUCCACAUUUAUGUACCCGACAAAGGUGAUAUUCAUCUCAUCAUCAAUAGCUGUAAUUAUAUGAGCCGCACCAUAAGAAAAUCAACAUAGUGCAAUUGUGACCAGCAUGGAUCCAGACCAGCCUGCGCAUCCGCGCAGUCUGGCACCAUGCUGUUCGCUUUCAAAUCCUACUGCAAUUAGAGAAACAGCAAACAGCGUGGAUCCUGACCAGACUGCGUGGAUCCAUGCUGGUUGCAAAUGCACUAUGUUGGUUUUAUCAUGACAUGGCGCAUAUAGAGAAACUAUGGUAAUGACACGUUUUAAGACCUAUCUCUCUUUUAAGUUGUGUUGAUAAAUUGAUUGAAAGAAUAAAAUAAAAAUACUUACAUGUAAAAUACAACCAUCUUCACGACAGUCUAUUGUAGAUUUUAAUCCGAGUAAAAUAGAGGCAAUUAUAUUUUCAAACGUAUACAAACGCGUACUACUUAGUACAAUAUAUCAAAUAAAUUUGUUAGUGAUCACAAGCAUUUUCGUCUGACCUUUAGCAACGGAGAACGAAAAAGGCACACUUAAAAUGUUUUAUUUUAAAGAUAGUACAACUGUAAGCUAAUAUAUAGCUUUCUGUCCAAUUCCCCAACAAUUAUUUUUUUAAUGAAUGAAGAAUUGCUGAAUCAAAAAUAUACCCAGUUUCCUUUAUAUAGGUUACUGACCGUUCCAAGGCGGUGCCCUCAUUUUCAACUUUCUGUCUGUCUUGUUUUUUGUGUUGCGUAUGUUGUCUUGUUUGUUGUCAGCAUUUCUUUCCUCUUUCUCCUCACUCACUCUAUCGCCCCAUCCUUUCCCCUUACAUUUGCGUUCCCUUGCUUCGGCAUCCCCUCUCAAGUUAUGGUGCCCACCAUAAUUUUGGCUGCCGGAAUCCUAAGGCGGUUCCCGUUUGUUGUUUUUUCCUGCUUAUGUGUUGGCGUUUGUGUGCUUGUGUGUCUUUGGCGGUGCCCUACAAAGUUGUAUUAUAUUAUCUAUCUGUUUAUCUAUGUAAGUCAGUCGCGUGUGUGCGUGCGUGUGUGUCUUUUGUACAUGAGCGUCUGCGCUGCUAUAGGGUAACGUAGCAUUCCCGUUUGAAUAUUCAUCCUUGUUCCUCUUCCGCCUUCAACCCCGCUCUCUUUUCUAUCCCCUUCCUCCCCCUUUUUCUAUAUUUUGUAUAAAAAUUAAAAUGUUGUUGGAUUUUUGAAGCAACCCGUCUAUGAUAUUUUUCCGUUUCAGCUUCUUUCUAUUGUGGGCCAAUUCUAGAAUCAAGCUCAAAAGUACUGGAUAUUUAGUACUUUGGCGAUAGUAUUUUCAAUUUAUCAUUCUCAACUAAGAAAUAAAGGUAAUAGUUUGAAUUUUGUUCUUUUCAUAAAUUAUUUAGUCACUGAUUUUAUAAUAUUAGCUAUGGUCGUAAUACAGGAGAAUAGGCUUUUUUUUUUGAUGUCCAUUGUUUCAAAUAAAAGAAUAGAUAAGUUCCAGUCCUCAAUGACUUUCACCCUUUAAACAGAGAUUUUUUACAUUUUGUGAACUCUUCGUUAUCAGUCAGUAUCAAUAUGAUAUUUUCAGCAGCGUUCAAAAGCUUUCCAAACAAAGCGCCCUGAAAAUUUAAAUUAUUAAAAUGCGUUUUGUUUUCGGAAUUAGCUAGAAUUAGUUUUUGGGCAAAACACCUAAAAUUUAUUACAAAAUGUAAACAAAGCAAUAAUAUCCAAAGUACCAGUACUAUAAGAAAUGGGUUAUUGUUAUUUAGUCGUGGGUUUUCCUUGAGUCGUGGGCAACAACAUGAAGCUCAGUGGUUAGAAAUAAAUAAUUGCUAUUCAUUUGUUUCUGUUAGAAAGUGGUAGUUACAAUAAAUAUCAUUAAAGCAAAAAUGAAUUGAAUUGUUAAAUCGUUUAUAGACAGUAAUCGACUCGUGACAUUUCUUUAGUUACGGGCACCUGCUUUGGAAAAGUAAAAAUGCCAUGAGUAUUCAACUAAACAUAAAGGAGAAAAUAUAUGUCACUGUAAUACCAAAUAAAUAGUAUUUUCUGUAGUAUGUUUUGCUUUUUGAAAUUCCUGGAUGCAAACAGAUUUAAAUAGAUUCUAAGUCAAGACAGGAAGUGCUUAAAAUUUUGAAAUAUGGCAGAGCAAUUAUGGAUUUUUUUUCCUAAUUUAGUGCAUUUAUUGUUUUUAAAGAUAACAAGUUAUAAUUAACGUUAACUGGAAAUAUCUAUAAUGAAAUAUUCUCUUCUGUUGCUAAACCUAACUUACCAAUCAGAACCAUCAUAAGUCAGUAUGGUCGUCUGACAGCCAUAAUGAAAACGUUUACUCUUAAGUUUACAAUGAUGAAACAAUGAUUUUGCCACUUAAGCUCAAUGUAGCAAUUGCAAAUUUAGUAAAUUAGACAAUAUUUGUAUUAACGCUUUCUUUUUUCAGCAAUUUCUAAUUUACCGAUAAAGCAUAUUCGUUGUUAUCAUGAGAUUUUAGCUAACUUUUGCUUUUUUCUCUACAUUUCCAUUUUUUUCUUUUUGAUAUUAUGUUAUGAAUCAAAUUAUAAACAACAGUACAUUUUACGAAACUUUGUGAACAACUAUGUUUUUAGCCACAUCUCAUGUAAGUGAAUAUUGUUAAGUGGAUCGUCUUUAAUGAUGAUGUGAAAACUUGUUCCUUAACCCUUUUUCGUUUUUUAUGUUUGAUUCUACGUUAUUGAUAUGUAUGUACAUAUGAUGUACAUGUGUGAAACAAUAAGAUAUACGUAAACCAAAAACUUUUGUCUAACUUAUAGUUAAGAAUAGAAUCAAUGUUUAGAGUUCAGAUGCGAAGGAAUUAUGUAUUGUAAUACACAUCUGAAAGACUAUCAAUGAUUUCAUUUAAAAUCAUUGUUUGAAUUACAUUAUUUCGAUUCUUACACAAUAUUAAGGAUUAUUAUCUACGUCCUUUACGACAUUCACCUACAUUUAUUUGUUUAUUUGCAUGUUUUUUUUUCAAAAAUUUCAAUGAUUAUAACACCAAAAGUGUUAUGUUUGACCUAGUAACAUAUUUAUGGAUCUAUCCAGUACUCAUUAUAAAUCUACACAGAAGGGCGUGCAAAUAAUUUGACCAGUCAAAAACCUAGCUACUAAGGGAGGUAAUUAAACUUUCUAAUUAUAGACUAGGUUACGAUGCACUAAAGUCAGAUUCAAAUACGGGAGCUUUGAUACUAAAUUUGAUAUGUCAAAGUAAUGAUAAGUAAUGAACUAUUGUAUUUAGAUUCUGAAUAAAAGUAACAUAAAAUUAUGAAUAUAAAGUCCUAAGACGAAACUUACAAGCCGAUUCCUUCAUUCACUUUUUUGAAUAAGAGUUGUCCUCUACUGAUCAUGUGUCUUCACUGGCGCCGGCCGGUGUCUCUAAUGGAGUUGGGAAUUGUUUUGCUAAAGGGAGGAGCGGUCAUUUUACAUAUGCUGGUUGUCGAGCCUAUUUCGUUAAUAGGUACUAAUAAAAGCUCAUUCGAAAGGCUGUUUAAAAAAUGUUCAUUUGGUAUCUAUUAUAUUUCCGGUGCUUCAGUUCUGAUGAUGUUAUGUAAUAUUUAGAAACAAUAAACGACUUCUCACUUCGGAGGGAAUAGUCUAUAUCUCAAGAGAAGGUAGUAUCUUGGACGAAUGUUUAUUAUAUUAAUAAUAAUCAAGGAUGUCAGCAUAAAUAUUUUCAUUUCCACCAUAUUGAAUGAUUACAACGUACCAUCAGAUCAUAUUUUGUCAUUACUUCGUAAAAAGUAAGCAAAACUGCUAAACUGUCCGGUAUUGCGUUGUAAAAAGAGUAUUACCUGUUUUCGUUAAAUCGACUAAUCUGUCGCUAAAAAUAACUGCGUACACUUCACUAAUCUAUUUUUUGCGCAUAGCGUUAUUAUUAUUUUACAGUCUGCUUUUAACUGUCUUUCAUUAAAGAUUGCGUUUUCAUUUUAAUGUGUAGUUUGUACAGCAUGCUUUUGGAGAGUCUCUCUAUUUCAUGUUGAAUUGAUACAUGAUAAUGUUUCAAGGAAGAUACUGUUCAUUUUAUUAAUUUAUUAAGUCUUUCAAAUAAAUAUUCAUUUAUAUAUAAGUGUAUAUAUUUUUCAGUUGUUUACGUUAAAGGUAAAACUUUCUUUUCACUUUCACCUUCAAUUCUCUUUCAUAGCAACAUUUUUCUUAGACAUUGAAAAUUAAAAAACAAGUAAUUCUUUAACACUGCAUAAUAUUACAUUUCUUUAUAAUGGUUUUCUCUGGUUUUUUUUCAGUAUUGAUUGCGUUGAUUUAAUACAUAUUUUGUGAAUUUCUUACUGUUGUUAUUAAAAGAUGAAACUUAACUUGUUUCUCCUUUAAUUACAUCACGCCCUUUGAUGUUUACAUCAGUGCUUUUAUUGUUAUUAUUUGAAUGUGAUCUUAAGUUUAUGUUAUAUACAUACU